AUGCAUUACGUUUCCCACGUGCCCUCAGAGAAUGUAACAGUCAGCACUGCUUACAAAGUGGAAAGUGACUCUAACCCAUCUGAUACUGACGAUACCGACUCCCUCUCAGGUAGUAGCUUCACUGGGAUGAUUUAUUUAAACCCACAAACACCUACCUGGACUUUAGCUGAGAAGUUUACUGAACUCAACUCUGGAGAAGACAAGAGACUGUCUACAUAUCAGGACCUCUGUGGUCCUCCAGGUUCACCCACGGCCAUUGAACAUAAUAUUCCCAAUAGGAGAGGCUCUACUGGCGUGUAUGGGGUCUACUCAGACUCAUCACAACAAGAGGAAGGCAACAUGAAGAAGGUUUCUAAAAGGAGACUGCAGAGGAAAGUGUCUAGCGGGAAUCCUUCCGAUCUGAAGCUGCGUCUGGUGAGAGAGAUCAGGCCCAAACCCAACGAGGCUCCGUCUGAUGUGCGUUGUGAUGUGCGUGAGAUGUUUGAUGUGUGUGGGAAAAAGAGAAAUGGGAAGAGUGGAGUAUCACUAGUAACUCCCCCUCCAUUAAACAAGGCUGUGGCCAUGAUUGAUGCCUGUGAGAAGAAUAAGGUGCCUAUAGUGUUUACUGCCAUGAAGAAACGUGGUGUAGAGGGAGACACAGAGAACCGGCCCUAUAAGUGCACUCACUGCAACUGGGCCUUUAAGAAGUCCAGCAAUCUGCAGAGUCAUCUGGAUACUCAUAGUGGCCUGAAGGCUCAUGUGUGUGACCUAUGCGGCAAGGCUUAUUCCCACCAGGGCACACUGCAGCAGCACAAGCGCCUGCACACCGGAGAGAGACCGUAUCACUGCCCCUUCUGUGACAAGACCUACAUCUGGUCCUCCGAUUAUCGCAAGCACAUCCGCACGCACACCGGAGAGAAGCCAUACGUGUGCGAGACCUGUGGCAAGGACUUUGUGCGCUCCUCGGACCUGCGGAAGCACGAGCGUAACAUGCACACCAACAACAAACCCUUUCCAUGUACGCAGUGCGGCAAGACCUUCAACAAGCCGCUGUCUCUGCUCCGCCAUGAGCGGACCCAUCUAGGCGAGCGGCCCUUCUGCUGUUCCGUUUGCGGGAAAGCCUUUGCCGUGGCCAGCCGCAUGGCAGAGCACCAGAUGGUGCACACCGGGGUGAGACCCUACACCUGCCUGGUCUGUUCCAAAUCCUUCACCAAGUCCUCCAACCUGCUGGAGCACCAGGCCGUGCACAGCGGCAUCCGCCCCCACAAAUGCUCCCAGUGCAGGGUGGUGUUCGCCAUGGUGUCUCGCUUGGUCCGUCACCAGUGCGUCCAUACCGGAGAGAAGCCCUUCAACUGCACAGGCUGCAGCAUGUCCUUCAGCCUCACAGCUGCUCUGAAGCGCCACCAGGAGCAGACGUGUGCCGGGAGGAUCUUUGUAUGUGUGAAGUGUGACAAGGCUUUUCAGUGUGCCUCUCAGCUCACUGAGCACAUGCUGAGCCAUGACUCUACUGUUGCUGAUUCUGCUGUCGGAAACACAGACGACUGA